AUGCGUAACCAUUCCGACGACAAGUGCACCGACGAGGACUGGGCUCACUAUGUAUCGCCUGGCGCCAAGAGCAAGGACCUCCAGGUCCAGCUCGCUCUCUCUAUGAUACUCGGCGUCUCAGCCUUCGUCACUUUUUGCAUUCUGCGUCCACGAUGGCCAGCCCUUUACUCAGCGCGCAAGAGGCGUCUUCAUCCCAGCAUGGACCUUCCGACCCUCCCAAAAACCUUCUUCGGCUGGAUUCCGAAGCUCUACAGCAUCACCGAGGAGCAGGUCCUCUCCUCCGCUGGCCUCGACGCCUUCGUCUUCUUGUCCUUUUUCAAAAUGGCCAUUCGUAUUUUUUGCAUCAUGGGCUUCUUUGCCCUCGUCGUGCUUUGGCCAAUCAAUCACAAGUAUCGCAAGCUCGAUUUCUUCCCACCGACUGAGCCUGGUCACGGUGACAACAACACCUCGUACGCCUAUCGCCCAACAUCGUAUGCCUCUGUCCGAUUGCCGUUUGGCCCUUUUGGCAAAGACGACGACGACGACGACGGCAAGGACAAGAGUCGAGAGCGAGCAUACCUUUGGUCAUACGCAGUCUUCACCUACUUUUUCGUCGCCCUGACCCUAUAUACCAUCAACUGGGAGACUUUUCGCAUCAUCAAGCUUCGUCAGGAAUACCUAGGGUCCCAAUCGACUGUUACCGAUAGAACAUUUCGCCUUUCUGGUAUACCCGCCGAGAAGCGCUCGGAAGCGAAGCUCAAGAUUAUGAUUGAGCAGCUUGGCAUUGGGCAAGUCGAAACUGUGUUUCUCUGCCGCAACUGGAAAGAGCUGGAUCAGCUGGUUGAAGAGCGAAGCCGUCUGUUAAACCGACUUGAGACAGCUUGGGCAAGGUAUUUAGGGUCACAGCACCCGCAUGACAAUGACGUGCUUGUCGCAGACGCGCCAGUCGAUCCUGAGAACUCUCUCAUCACCCAUGCGGCGCGGGAGCAGGACGAAGAGGCGGGUGAAAACUGGGGUCUGCUCCGGAGCAACCCCGACCAACCCCAUCUCCUCCACGGCGUCCGUCCCCAGGUUGUCCUUCGCCACGGCUUUUUGGGACUUCGUCGGCAGAAAGUAGAUGCCAUUGACUACUACGAGGAAAAGUUGCGACGCAUUGAUGAAAAGGUUGUCGAAGCGCGCAAGCAGGAUCACACCCCCUCCGACAUGGCUCUCGUCACCAUGGACAGUGUUGCUGCUUGUCAGAUGCUCAUUCAGGCCAAAAUUGACCCUCGUCCCGGCCAAUUUUUGACCAAGGCGACCCCAUCGCCGUCAGAUAUGGUCUGGAAAAACACGUAUGCUGCCCGUGGCGUCCGCCGCCUCAAGUCUUGGGCAAUUACCUUGUUCAUCACCAUUCUCACCCUGGUGUGGAUAUUUCCUACUGCCUUCUUGGCCUCUUGGUUGAGCAUCUGCACUAUUCGAAACGUGAUGCCUGCGUUUGCUGACUGGCUAGAGGACCAUGAGAUUGUCAAGUCCUUGAUCCAGAAUGGCGGCCCUACACUGGUUGUUUCCUUGCUCAAUAUUGCUGUGCCGUAUGUCUACGACCUUCUCUCCAACCACCAAGGCAUGAUUUCCCAGGGCGACGUCGAGCUGUCCGUUAUUUCCAAGAACUUCUUCUUUACCUUUUUCAAUACCUUUUUCGUGUUUGCCAUCUCCAAGACUGGUCUCGACUUCUACUCUGCGCUGCAGGGACUUUUGAAAGACACAAGCAAAAUCCCCGCCAUUAUUGCCGCUGAUGUGGAGAAUUUAUCUCGUUUCUACAUUAGUUUCGUCAUGCUGCAAGGCAUCGGUUUGAUGCCCUUUCGCAUUCUGGAAGUGGGCAGUGUCGUGCUCUAUCCCAUCUACCGACUCCUAGCGGUGACGCCGCGCGACUACGCUCAGCUCCAGAAGCCGCCCAACUUCCAGUAUGGGUUCUACCUGCCGACAUCGCUGCUUGUGUUCAAUCUCUGCUUCAUUUACAGCGCGCUGCCGCCGGGGCCGACAAUUCUCGUGUUUGGCGUCAUUUACUUUGCCCUAGGCUACUUUGCAUUCAAAUACAUGCUCCUCUACGCCAUGGACCAGCCACAGCAUGCGACGGGCGGCGCGUGGCGCAUCAUUUGCAGCCGCCUUGUCAUUGGUAUCAUCGUCUUCGAAGUCGUCAUGGUCGGCCAGAUUGCAUCUCUCUCGGCAUUUAUUCAAUCUGUCUCUAUUCUGCCGCUUAUUCCCUUUACUGUCUGGUACAGCUAUUACUUUUCAAGGCGAUUCGAGCCGCUGACAAAAUACAUUGCGUUGCGCAGCAUUCGCGCGGAUGCGAGUGAUGACGAAGCUAUUCUUGAUGAUGAAGAAGGCCAGGACGAACCGUUACCCAACGGCACCUCGUUGGGCCGGUCGCUACGUCGUGGUAGCACCAUGGAUGAACUCCGCGAGCAAGGCCUCAGCUUUGUGAACCCGAGCCUCGUUAGUCCGCUGGUGCAAGCGUGGAUUUAUAAAGACCCGCCGCCGGUGCCGGGCAGCGAUGCUGAGGCUUCGUCGCAAGAAGCAGAAUCGCAUCCCUCAAGAGGCUCGUCGAGGGAGCCUAGGUUUAUACUACCAAAUGCUGAUAGCUCACUGGGAAUUGGUGAUGAUAAUGUGUGGACGGAGUCCAGGGAGAGGUGA